AUGUCUGUUCAAGUUUAUCCAGGUCCACAAGCUCUAUCUCAAUUUAGAGUUGAAAACUUGAUCAAAGGUAUUAAUUCUUUUGUUAACAGCACAAACUCAGUCAUCGAAGAUAUUCGUACAUGCUACGUGCAUUACAUCGAUUCUAAAGUGGCCCAAUUGGACGCCAAAGAUACAGAUUUACUGAAAGUUUUGCUAACCUAUGAUUCUCCCCUAGAUAUCUCAAUUGACCCUUUAAAUAAACUUUUAUGGGAUUCAAUUGUUGAAAAUGUAGAUGGCGAUAAUCUACCAAAAGACACUUAUUUAGUGAGAAUCGUACCAAGAUCAGGUACUAUUUCUCCAUGGUCAUCUAAAGCUACUAAUAUUAUACACGUUUGCGGAUUAACUGAUAAAAUCAAUCGUGUUGAAAGAGGUUUGGCUUUAUUGAUAAAAACAAUCCCAGGUUUUUCACUGUUAGAAUACUUAAAUGAUAUUUCUCUAAAAGCAGUUUUUGAUAGAAUGACACAAGAAUUAUACUUAAAUUCAGUACCUUCUGUUCAAAAAAUUUUUACUCACGAAUCCCCUAAACCGUUGGUCAAAGUACCACUAUGUACCGGUGCAUCUAGCUCCAAAUCGCCAAAGGAUAUUUUGAGCAAAGCAAAUACUACUUUAGGUCUAGCACUAGAUAAAGGUGAAAUAGAUUAUUUAAUCAAUGCCUUUGUUGAAGUAUUAAAAAGAGACCCAACCGAUGUCGAAUUGUUCAUGUUUGCUCAGGUAAACUCUGAACAUUGUCGUCAUAAAAUCUUUAAUGCUGAUUGGACUAUUGAUGGUUUAAAAAAGAACCUAUCCUUAUUUAAGAUGAUCAGAAAUACUCAUGAAAAGAAUCCGGAAUAUAUUAUAAGUGCAUAUUCUGAUAAUGCCGCGGUUGUUGAAACUGGUAACAAUGCUUACUAUUAUGCUCCUGACUUUAGAACAAAAGAAUGGGUUUCACUAAAAGAAGAAGUACCAACUUUAAUUAAAGUUGAAACACAUAAUCAUCCAACAGCUGUUUCUCCUUUCCCUGGUGCUGCUACUGGUUCAGGUGGUGAAAUUAGAGACGAAGGUGCAACUGGUAGAGGCUCUAAAUCCAAGUGUGGUUUAAGCGGGUUUUCUGUAAGUGACUUAUUAAUCCCAGAAUACAGCCAACCAUGGGAAUUAGAUGUUUCCAAACCUUCGCACAUUGCUUCAGCUUUGGAUAUUAUGAUCGAAGCUCCAUUGGGUUCUGCUGCUUUCAACAAUGAAUUUGGUAGACCAUGUAUCAAUGGUUAUUUCCGUACUUUAACUACUAAUGUUAUCAAUCAUAAAGGUAAGGAAGAAAUUCGUGGCUUUCACAAACCUAUUAUGUUAGCUGGUGGUUUUGGUACUGUUAGGCCUCAGUUCUCAUUAAAAAAUAAACCGAUUACUCCCGGUUCUUCAUUAAUUGUUUUAGGUGGUCAAUCUAUGUUGAUCGGUUUAGGUGGUGGUGCUGCUUCAUCUAUUGCUUCUGGUGAAGGUUCCGCUGAACUAGAUUUUGCUUCCGUCCAAAGAGGUAAUCCUGAAAUGGAACGUCGUUGCCAACAAGUUAUCGAUUCUUGUAUUUCUUUAGAUGCCAAGAACCCAAUCCAAUCUAUUCAUGAUGUCGGUGCUGGUGGUUUAUCGAAUGCUCUACCAGAAUUAGUUCAUGAUAACGACCUUGGUGCGAUAUUUGAUAUCAGAAAGGUUUUAUCCUUGGAACCAGGUAUGUCACCAAUGGAAAUUUGGUGUAAUGAAUCUCAAGAACGUUACGUUUUAGGUGUUUCAAAAGAGGAUCUGCAUGUGUUUGAAGAAAUUUGUAGAAGGGAAAGGGCUCCAUUUGCUGUUGUUGGUUAUGCCACCUCAGAACAAAGAUUGGUUGUCGAAGAUCCAUUACUAAAGUCCACACCAAUUGAUUUGGAACUUCCAAUAUUAUUUGGUAAACCACCAAAGAUGUCUAGAACUGCAGUUACCGAACCUUUGAACUUACCAAGUGCCGAUCUAUCAGUCAUUCCAACCUUAUAUGAUGCAAUUGAUAGAGUUUUAAGUUUACCAUCUGUUGCUUCUAAAUCAUUCUUAAUUACAAUUGGUGAUAGAUCUGUUACUGGUUUAAUUGAUAGAGAUCAAUUUGUCGGACCAUGGCAAGUUCCAGUCGCAGAUGUAGGUGUCACAGCUACCUCAUUCGGUCCAUCUAUUAUUUCCACUGGUGAUGCUCUUGCGAUGGGUGAGAGGCCUAGUGUUGCAUUAAUUUCAGCUGCCGCAUCUGCAAAAAUAUCUGUCGCUGAAUCAUUGCUGAACCUUUUUGCUGCCGAUGUUAAGUCAUUACAACAUGUUAAGUUAUCUGCUAAUUGGAUGUCUCCUGCUUCACAUGAAGGUGAGGGUGCCAAGCUAUAUGAAGCUGUUCAAGCCAUUGGUAUGGAUUUAUGUCCAGAUUUAGGUAUUUCUAUUCCUGUCGGUAAAGAUUCUAUGUCCAUGAAAAUGAAAUGGGAUGACAAAGAAGUUACAGCACCACUAUCUCUAAAUAUUACAGCAUUUUCUCCUGUAUCUAAUACUUCCAGAACUUGGACUCCAUUAUUGAACAGAAAGUAUUCUAACACAGUAUUGGUUCAUGUUGAUUUAGCUGCCUCUCAAGAAGAAAGAGCAUUGGGUGGUUCUGCUCUAUUACAAGUUUACAACCAAGUUGGUGAUAUUGCUCCUACCGUGUACGAUAACCAUAAAUUGAAGGGAUUCCUUGAGGCUUUAAUUGAAUUGCACCAAAGUGAUAUUGUUCUAUCAUACCAUGAUAUCUCGGAUGGUGGUUUAAUUGUUACUUUAUUGGAAAUGGCAUUCGCGUCAAGAUGUGGGUUAUCAAUUAAUGUUGAUAACAGUAAAGGUGGCGAUUUAUUAACCUCUUUGUUCCACGAAGAACUUGGUGCAGUUUUCCAAAUUGUAGAUAACAGAUCAGAUGAAUUUACAUCCAUUUUGGAUAAACAUGGUGUUACUGCAGAAUAUAUUUCAGUUAUUGGUAAACCAGAAUUUUCUUCCAAUUUGAUCAAGAUUACGGACUCUAAUAAUGAUGUAUUAUACGAAAAUACUAGAGCCAACUUACAAGUUAAAUGGAGUUCUACAUCCUACCAUAUGCAAAGACUAAGGGAUAAUCCAAGCACUGCAGAUGAAGAAUUUUCUAAUAUUGCUGACGACCAAGAUCCAGGUAUUAGCUAUUCUUUGAGCUAUGAUUUAGCUGAAGACUUAAGAAUCGAUUCGCAAUUAGCUCCUAUAAAACCAAAGGUUGCUAUUUUGAGAGAACAAGGUGUAAAUGGUCAAAUGGAAAUGGCAUGGUGUUUCCAGCAAGCUGGUUUCACUUCUAUUGACGUUACCAUGUCUGACUUAAUUGAAGGAAGAUUUAACCUAUCUGAGUUUGUUGGUUUAGCUGCUUGUGGUGGUUUCUCAUAUGGUGAUGUUUUAGGUGCUGGUGCUGGUUGGGCUAAAUCUGUUUUAUACCAUGAAGGUGUACGCAAGCAAUUUGUUAACUUUUUCCAAGAGAGAGAAGAUACAUUUGCAUUUGGUGCUUGUAAUGGUUGUCAAUUCUUAUCUAGAUUAAAAGAUAUCAUUCCAGGUUGUGAAGAUUGGCCAAGUUUUGAAAGAAACGUUAGUGAACAAUACGAAGCUCGUGUUUGUAUGGUUGAAAUUGUUCAAGAUGAAGGUUGUAAAGAAAAUAAUGUUUUCUUACAAGAUAUGAUCGGUUCAAAGAUUCCAAUUGCCGUUGCCCAUGGUGAAGGUAAUGCAACCUUUAGUUCGCCAGAUCAACUAGAAAGAUUUGAACAAAAGGGUUUAUGUGGUAUAAGAUACAUUGAUAACUACGGUAAGACUACUACCAAAUUUCCAUUCAAUCCAAAUGGUUCUGUUAACGGUAUUUCUGGUAUUAAAUCUCCAAAUGGUAGAGUUUUGGCUAUGAUGCCACAUCCUGAAAGAGUGUGUAGAUUAGAAGCCAACUCAUGGUAUGAACCAGAGGUGUUUAAUGAAUGGCAAGGUUAUGGCCCAUGGAUUAAGUUGUUUAGAUCUGCAAGAAAAUGGGUUGGUUAA